GUGGUGGUGCGUGUGGAUACGGUGGCUUGGGGACACUCGAGCCCGUUCGCAACGUUCACCGCACGCGUUCACUGCCGAAACCGAUCGGUCGUCAGAUCAUCUGUGAUAGGCCGGCCGAACGGAUCGACAAUACGGAACGCACCGCACCGUGUCCCAGGGAACAGCGUGUGGGUUUCGUAAGGUCAAAUCUCUGAAGAAGACAGUGUGGCUGGCUGGAGUAGUGGCCAGUUCUUGGCAUCUCGAAUCGUGAUCCGGGGUCGGUCGAAAUUAUAAAGUGUAUACGAUGAUGCUGCAAAAGCCAUCUUCGCUUUGGCGCUGGUUGCUAGUUUUAGUGUUUCUGCUCCACACCUACGAUGCCAAAUCGCAGCAACCAUCGAAACAGUUGCACGUUUGCAUCGUCGAGGGAAGUGGUAACUACAAGAAGGGCGCCCAAAACUGCCCAACGCUGGAGAAAAAGUCCAACCUGCGGUGCGUGUACGGGCUCGAUCGGUUGGACUGUCUGCGGAAGGUGCAUAAGGGUAACGCCGACUUUGCCGCCUUCUCCCCGGAAGAUCUACUAGCGGCCCGCUGGUCCGGCGUGGACAUUCUCGUGACGAGCGAGCUGCGCUUUCAUAGCGAGCACUUUGAGUACCAAAUUGUGGUGGUCGUGGAUAAUGAGGCUGAAAUUAACACCGCCCGUGAGCUGCGCGGCAGCAAAUUUUGUCACCCGGGCCACGGACUGAAGAACCACUGGACGGAGGUGCUAGCUGAUUACUUCGAGACGCGACUGACGCCACGCGAAUGUGAAACGGACCUGUCGCCGAUCGAGUCGAGGCUUAAAUCGGUUUCCAGCUUCUUCGGUCCAUCGUGCCGGGCUGGUCCGUGGGUACCGGAUCCAGAGGAGGACCGUCGACUGAAGAUGAAGUAUCCUUCGCUGUGCCAGCUGUGCUACAACUCGUACCAGUGUGGCAUCGGAGACAAACACUGGGGUCGCCGGGGGCCACUCUACUGUUUGACGAGUGGUGCCGGUGAGGUAGCGUGGGCCCGCCUCGAUGACGUCCAGAGUCACUUCGGAUUCGGUGGACUGCCAGCCGAGGCUAACUCGUCCGAGUACAGCUUCCUGUGUCCCGAUGGACACUUGCAGCCACUCGACACCAGAAAACCGUGCGUCUGGGUGUCGAAACCAUGGGCAGCCAUUGCAGCGCGAUCCAAAGUGGCCGUGGAUGUACAGGACCUGGUCGCCCAUCUGUCCCACGAUGACAUCAAUAGUUGGCAGAACGCACUGCUGAUGGUUCUGGAGACGUACCACGUGAACGUGACGACGCUGGACAACGUCAUCACGGUGGACGACUAUCUCGACCAGGCGGUCGGAUUCCAGGACGCUUACAACAACCCGGGCUGCAAUCCGAGCCGCUCGAUAGUGUUCUGCACCAAAUCGUUGCUCGAGUUAUCCAAGUGUUCCUGGUUACAGGAAGUGGCCACCGUGUACGGCGUCGAACCGGGGCUGCAGUGUAUCCGUACCGAGAGUCUGGACAAGUGUAUGGCAAAGGUACGGUCCAAGGAUGCGGACAUGGUGAUCGUCGAUCAGGACAAUGCAUUCCGCGCCCAGCGGGACUACGGUCUCCGGCCGAUACUGUAUGAACACUCGUCGAAUGCACUGCACAAGUACAUGAUCGUUGCCGUGGUAACGAAAGGCAUUGGAUUGCGCUCCGGUUAUGAUCUCCGAAAUCGAAAGGCAUGCUUCCCGCACUACGAAGGUGCCGCCCAUCUGGCCGUGAUGACUUCCCUGCGCAACCACUCGAUCGGUGAUGUUCGAAACUUCUUCGCCGAUGGUUCCUGCAAUUGGCAUCGCAGUGGAAACUGCGCUUCGCAGUACAGCGGUGAUGUCGGAGCGAUGCGCUGCCUACAGGAUGGUGUCGCGGAAGUGGCAUUCGUCAGCUACGAAGCGUACAAAUCGAUUAAAGCUUCCAACAGCUCCAAGACGCACGAUUUCACCAUUUUCUGUCCGUUCAAUCGACCGGUGAAACACAAUGCACUCUGCUACCUUGGUUGGACGGCCAUGGGACGGAUCAUGGUGAACAACGAAACGGUGUCCCGUCGGGAGAAGGAGAUCUACAACGCACUGAAGGACAUCGAUAAGCUGUUUGGGCGUAAAAAUGGAAACAAAGCGGAAGCGUUCAAUCUGUACGGUCCGUUCGAUGGCCGGAACGAUGUACUGUUUAACGAUGGCACGGAAAAUCUACGCAAUCGGGCGGAAAUACUGCGUGAUAAGAGCGACGGGUUCUUUGAGCCAUCACAGGCAAGCGGACAGCAGCUGUUGGGCAGUAGCUCUGGUGCGCGGUUGCAUAGCAGCAGCCGCGCGCUGGCUACCGUGCUGCUAGGAAUCUCACUCAUUCCGUUCCUGUGGCGAGAACGAUGAAGCGGUGCGCGCUUCCAUCUUAGUUCAACUAGAGUAGUUAGACGAGAAGAUCAUCUUUGAAUAGUUCAUCUACAUUAGACAGCAUCAAUUAUCACAUCAUUAGAUCGUCCCCCCCCCCCCCCCCCCCCUCUUUUGCGAGACAAAGUGUUACCAAUGUAAGGACCACCCAGCCAGUGUACCGGGAUUUCAUCAUAAUUUAAUACCGAAUCAAAAUGCACCAACACCACCGCUUGUGCUGUGUGUGUGAGACGGAUUCGAGUCGAAAAACGGUUCACCAAUGUUCCUACCCCGAUCCUUGGCACCUGGACAGUCCCUGAGGGUCGGAAAGUAGGAUUUUGUUCACACGAGAGACUUUUCCUCCUCAGUCAGUCAAGUCAAGUCAGGGCGCCAUACUCAACUGUACUCACAAUGAUGUUGCUUUCGGCUCCACCGGUACUGUGGUCAACGUGGGGCUGUGGUGCCGGUAAAUGCACCGAUUCCGUAUUUAUCAGGCUCAGGAAAUAAACGAAAAACCGAAACUGGAAAA